UCAUAUCUCCCAAACAGCAGCUGGUUGCGACAGAGCAGAUUUGACAACAUACCGAUAUACGGGACCGAACCGAAACCGAACAGGAUGGAGUGGCAACCAAUGGAGAUCAACCCGGAGAUGCUGAACAAGGUGCUCAGUGGGCUGGGGGUGUGUGGUAGCUGGGGCUUCGUGGAUGUGUUGGGGCUGGAGGAUGAGGGGGUGUCUUCAGUACCUUCUCCCAGCUGCGCCCUCAUGCUGCUCUUCCCUCUGACACAACAGCACGAGUCGUUCCGGCAGCAGCAGGCUGGGAAGGUGUCGGGAGAUACUGACCUCUACUUCCUGAAACAGACGGUGGUCAACUCCUGUGGCACCGUCGCUCUGCUGCACGCAGUCGCCAACAACCCCACCCACAUAGAGUAUGAUGGUGACUCUGCUCUGAAGAAGUUUCUAGAUGAGACGGCUAACAUGACCCCCGCCCAGCGAGCCACACACCUGGAGAACAACCAGGCCAUCAGAAAGGCUCAUGAUGAAGUGGCAGCACAGGGCCAGUGCAGGGUGGAGGCAGAUAACGUGAACUUCCAUUUCAUCACCUUUGUCAAUGUGAAAGGACAGCUUUAUGAGCUGGAUGGUAGGAUGGAGGGACCGGUGAACCAUGGAACCACCAAGGAUGACUCCUUCAUCAAGGAUGCAGCCAGGGUGUGUCGGGGUUUUGUGGAGAGAGCAGAGGGAGAGGUCCGCUUCUCUGCUGUGGCCCUCUGUCAUACCUAGAGACCCUGGGGAGGGGCACGCACACAUACAUACACACAGGUGAACACACACACACCUGGUAUGUACUGGAAACAUAGUUUGCACUCUCUCCACACACACACACACAUGCGUAGAUGGUAGUUUGCACAAGCCUGGUGUCACGAUGAUGUCACUACUGCUGUACUUUCUGUCUGCUGUACGGUUUUAUUUAUUUAAGUCAGAUCACCACUGAGAAAGUAGUGCACUUACAUGGGGGAGUAGGGAGACGUUUGAUCUGCAGCCAAUCAGGUGUUCCUGUUUUUCUGCUGUCUGACUCCUCAGCUCUGUUUCUAACCGUUGUUACUGUGUUGGGAUGACGUUGUUACUGUGUUGGGAUGACGUUGUUACUGUGUUGGGAUGACGUUGUUACUGUGUUGGGAUGACGUUGUUACUGUGUUGGGAUGACGUUGUUACUGUGUUGGGAUGACGUUGUUACUGUGUUGGGAUGACGUUGUUACUGUGUUGGGAUGACGUUGUUACUGUGUUGGGAUGACGUUGUUACUGUGUUGGGAUGACGUUGUUACUGUGUUGGGAUGACGUUGUUACUGUGUUGGGAUGACGUUGUUACUGUGUUGGGAUGACGUUGUUACUGUGUUGGGAUGACGUUGUUACUGUGUUGGGAUGACGUUGUUACUGUGUUGGGAUGACGUUGUUACUGUGUUGGGAUGACGUUGUUACUGUGUUGGGAUGACACUGCAACAAUGUUGGCUGUGCUUUGCCUUUCUGUGUCUUCCUGUGCUGCUGACUGCCAAUAAACAACCAAACUACACACUU